GGGCGCGCGGGGGGCGGGCGGGAGCGGGAGCCGGAGGGAGCGGCGGGCGCCUCCGCCUCUGGGAGCCGCGGCCCGCGCCCCGCGCCCCGCGCCGCCCGCAGCCUCCGGGUCCGCAGCCCGGGAGCGGGCUCGGCGCUAUAAAUAGCAGGUCGCCGCUCGGCUCGGCGCACACGUAUCCCGGGAACCGAACGCCGGAAAGAAAGUCGGGCUCCAAGAGUCUGCUGCUGCUGCUGCUGCCGCCCCCCACUCCGCCUGCGGGAGAGAACCCAAAGAAAUGGUGUUACCUGGCAAGAGAUCUGCACUCUCUUAUGAAAAAUCAGACCAAGAGCUCUGAAGUCAGCAAAGCAAUAUCGAAGAGCGGAGCUGUUUGAGGAAUACAAGAGAGCAGAAUUUUAAAGUGGGAUAUUAGGUCUUUAGUGUGAAGAUACGUCGGUACUAAACCAGGAAACAUUGGUAGUGACAUUUGGACACGAAACAUUGGAAAACUAAAAAAAAUAAGCAACUGUGAAGGUGAUCAUGGAAAUCAAAGAGGAAGGCACGUCAGAAGAAGGCCAGCACUUCCUUCCCACACCCCAGGCAAAUGAGAGUGGGGACUUCCACCUGACAAGUAUUCAGAAGACGCCAAAUGAACCACAGUUGGAAUUCAUCCUUGCUUGCAAGGAUUUGGUGUCUCCAGUCCGUGAUCGGAAGCUGAAUACCCUGGUGCAGAUCUCCGUAAUCCACCCCUCGGAGCAGGGGCUGACAAGAUACUCCAGCACGGAAAUUGUGGAGGGAACAAGAGACCCACUGUUUUUGACGGGUGUCACUUUCCCAUCUGAGUAUCCCAUCUAUGAGGAGACCAAAAUAAAACUCACCGUCUAUGAUGUCAAGGAUAAGUCUCACGAUACUGUUCGAACCAGUGUCCUGCCUGAACAUAAGGAUACCCUGCCGGAGACUGGGCGGAGUUUCCUGGGCUAUGCCAGUUUUAAAGUGGGGGAGCUACUGAGAUCAAAGGAGCAACUGUUAGCACUGAGCCUGAGAACUUCAGAUGGUGGCAAAGUUGUUGGCACCAUAGAAGUCAGUGUCGUGAAGAUGGGGGAGAUUGAGGAUGGGGAAGCCGACCACAUCACGGCAGAUGUGCAGGGACAAAAGUGUGCACUUGUAUGUGAAUGUUCAGCACCAGAGAAUUUGAGUGGAAAAGACAACUUACCUUUUCUGAAUGCAGUGUUAAAGAACCCGGUGUGUAAAUUAUAUAGAUUUCCCACAUCUGACAAUAAGUGGAUGCGAAUCCGGGAGCAGAUGUCAGAGAGCAUACUUUCUUUUCAUAUUCCUAAGGAAUUGAUCUCUCUUCACAUAAAAGAAGAUUUGUGUAGGAACCAGGAGCUAAAAGAACUUGGUGAACUCUCUCCUCAUUGGGACAAUCUACGGAAAAAUGUCCUCACUCACUGUGAUCAAAUGGUCAAUAUGUACCAAGAUAUUCUGACAGAACUCAGCAAGGAAACAGGGUCCUCUUUCAAAUCAAGCAGCAGCAAAGGAGAGAAAACAUUAGAAUUUGUUCCAAUAAAUCUACACCUGCAGAGGAUGCACGUACACAGCCCUCACCUGAAAGAUGCCCUCUAUGAUGUUAUCACUGUGGGAGCCCCAGCUGCCCAUUUUCAGGGAUUUAAGAAUGGUGGUCUUCGGAAACUACUCCACAGAUUUGAAACGGAAAGAAGAAAUACUGGUUACCAGUUUAUUUACUAUUCACCUGAAAACACAGCCAAAGCAAAGGAAGUUCUCAGCAACAUCAAUCAACUACAACCUCUGAUAGCAACCCAUGCUGAUCUACUGCUUGAUUCUGCAAGCCAGCAUUCUCCAGACAGCUUGAAGAAUUCUUUAAAGAUGCUUUCAGAAAAAACAGAGCUUUUUGUUCAUGCUUUUAAGGAUCAGCUGGUCAGAAGCGCUCUCUUAGCACUUUACACUGCCAGGCCAGGAGGCAUCCUUAAAAAGCCACCCUCGCCCAAGAGCAGCACAGAGGAGAGCAGUCCCCAGGAUCUACCCCCGCCAAUGAGAAGGCAGGACUCCAUACCCCAUCAUUCGGACUACGAUGAGGAAGAGUGGGAUAGGGUGUGGGCCAACGUGGGGAAAAGCCUGAACUGCAUUAUUGCUAUGGUGGACAAACUGAUUGGAAGUGAUGGUGGUAGUGAAGACAGCGGUGACAGCAGAGAUGGAGAACAGGACCUUUCUGUCGUGGACUCCAUUAAAACUCGUCCAAGGGAGGACUGGUAUGAACAGUUGUACCCCCUCAUCCUUACCUUGAAGGACAGCAUGGGGGAAGUGGUGAACCGAGCCAAGCAAUCCCUGACCUUCGUGCUCCUUCAGGAACUUGCCUACAGCUUGCCUCAGUGUCUGAUGCUGACUCUGAGAAGGGACAUCGUCUUCAGCCAAGCACUUGCUGGAUUGGUCUGUGGUUUUAUCAUCAAAUUACACACAAGUCUGCAUGACCCUGGCUUCCUACAGCAGCUUCACACGGUGGGAUUGAUAGUACAAUAUGAAGGACUGCUAAGUACAUACAGUGAUGAAAUCGGAAUGCUGGAGGACAUGGCUGUUGGCAUUUCAGAUUUGAAGAAAGUUGCAUUUAAAAUAAUUGAAGCCAAAUCCAAUGAUGUCUUGCCAGUUAUAACGGGGAGACGUGAGCAUUACGUGGUGGAGGUGAAGCUUCCAGCCAGGCUGUUUGAGGCUCUACCUUUGCAGAUUAAAGAAGGGCAGUUACUUCAUGUGCAUCCUGUACUUUUUAAUGUCGGAAUCAAUGAACAGCAAACUCUUGCUGAGAGGUUUGGAGAUGUUUCUUUGCAAGAAAGUAUUAAUCAGGAAAAUUUUGAACUUCUAAAAGAAUAUUACACGAUAUUUAUGGAAAAGAUGCCUCCUGAUUACAUUUCACAUUUUCAUGAACAAAAUGAUUUAAAAGGAUUACUAGAAAAUCUCCAUCAAAAUAUCCAAGCCAAAAAGAGGAAGAAUGUAGAAAUCAUGUGGCUAGCUGCAACGAUUUGUCGUAAACUAAAUGGUAUUCGUUUCACCUGCUGUAAAAGUGCCAAAGACAGGACAUCGAUGUCAGUGACACUUGAGCAGUGCUCCAUCCUGAGAGACGAGCACCAGCUGCACAAGGACUUCUUCAUCCGCGCACUGGACUGCAUGAGAAGCAGACAAACCCAGGGAGCCCUGAAUGAAUCCGAUGAUCCUGAAACAGGCUGUCUAUCUGAUAACAAGCCAACUUCUCGACACUUCUAUCCUGUCGCCUUGCUGCUUGUCAGCUCACACCUGCUAGUCGUGUGGCUUAUUUUAAGUCUCGCAUUAUUAUUAGCCAAAUACCAAUAACUUUUACUGUUGUGUUCCUUCCUUUUCUACAAAUUAUAAUGGACUUUAAAUUAUGGGAACAAUGCUGUAAUAUUUCUACAUUUUAAGAUCCAGAGAAUUUAAAACAGAUGUUUGAAUUGUGUUUCCUUUGUUGUUGUUUUUUCCUAAAAUCUAAAAGAAGUACUAUGCAUUAAGUGAAUUAUUUUGCUCUUUUGUUCAUGGAGAAGUGUUUCCCUCUGUUCACUCGCCCAAGAAGAAUUUUUAAAUUACUGUCUUUGGAAUAAGACAAAGAACAGAAUCCUGAAAGCUUGAAGGUCUACACCUCCUGUUCCUCUUCCCGUUAAACGUAUCAAAGAAAUUAAGACUGAAUUUGCACAACACACUGAAACUCUGAGACAAGUCCUAGACAUGUGGGAGGUUCCAGAUGUUAUUUCCACUGUGCUAAAACCAUUGCUGUCAGCUGGCAGAACCUUCUGUUUGGUUUCUUAACCUGUUCGUUUUGUCAUUUCUUUGCUGCCAUUAACCCCCUUCUGUCAAGUAACCCUAUGAAGAGAAUGGCUAUUUCUGUUUUGUAAUGAAAUUAACCUGUUUGUAACUAUGGUUUGGGUUGAUGUGGCUUGGAGAGUACUUUCCGAUUCUUUUUAACAAGGUCUUGUCUGUGUCUUGAUGCCCCGUUUCCGCACCUGUGACUGUACUGUCUGUGCAUAGCACUUCUCCUCUAUAAAGUGGAGACUCGGACCAGGCUGUUCCAGAAGCCAUUUUUUUCUCGUCAUUGCACAGUUAAAAUAAUGAAGUAAAAUAGAGAUUGAACUUUCCUUUAAAAAUCUAUAGGGCCAGACUUAAUCAAUUAAAUGCCUUAUUCCUAGAACCUGUAUCCUUAGGGCUACAUAUAGAUUUUAAUGUGUUUUAAAGAAAUUAAUUUGUGGAAGAGUUAUUAAAAAGGCAGAUAUAUUUAUGAGAUUAGAGUGAAGCUGUAUUGUGGAGCAAAUUAUAUUUAAAGAGUUUAUUAAACCUUAAAUACCUGUUAAGAGCAAAGAGACUUGAAUCAUCUCUUUUCUGAGGGCAAUAAUGGUAUUGGGCCUGGCCUAGGAUUUAAUUUUGUAAGAUGUAUCAUCAUUUGUGAAAAACGAACAAAAAACAAAUGUAGAGUUGAAUCUUUGUUAUUUUUACUUGGACUGUUGCUGCAACUCUGCAUUGAACAAAUAAAGCAUAUUUAUUUA